AUGCGCACUCACGUAUGGCGCAAACAACUUACUCGCCUCUCACAGCGAGGCCAGCGCUUGCCCUUUCAGCGUCGUCGCGCCUUCCAUUCCAUCACUGGUCAACUUGAAGCCUAUCCCAGUCCGAAUCAGGAAACCGCCAACCUCGAACAUGCGAUUCCAGAAGCUACGACCAAGCCUGCUCCUUCCACACGUCGUGGUCGAUUAGCACAACGUCGCCCCAAGGAAGUCACUCCAUUCACAGUGCCUGACUGGUUUCUGCGUUACAACGUUCGUCUUCAUGCUCCUACCGAAGACGCUACGGCCAACAAGGAAUCUCGCUGCUGGACUCUGGUUGAUCGCGACUCAGGCCACACUGUCCUGACUCUCCCUUUUACCGUCAAUCCAUCGGACCAGUCGAACGACUUCUUCACACCCUCGGCCCAGUCCAAGGAGGAGAAAACCAAAGAGCCUGUUUCACAGUUAGAAGAGAAGGAUGCUGUUCAGGAUGAUGUUGCUCGCGCCGUCUCGAAUCACUUGUCCGCUCCCUUUGCUCUCCAAACCCCAGAUCCGCGUACUCUCCUGUCGCUCCAACUACAACUCCUUCUCAAUGCUGCAUUCUCUCAGACUGGCCCGUCGGCUGCUCGUUACACAAAAUCAAACAUCGACUUGAACACUAGGGACUUUGCCCAUAAAGAGCUUGAUGUCUAUGUGCAGCAAAUAGCCGACCUGGUCCAAGCCGACUUGAUUCAUCUCGACGCAAACGACAUUGCCGAACUGGCUCAGGAUUACGUAGAGCGAGGAGACCCUGCCCCUGGCUCCAUUUCAUCUCUGGCUUAUGACACUUUCAAGGGUGCUACCACUAGAAGGGAUGACAUCCAAAUCAACAUCAUGGAUGAAUCCGCCAGAGACGAUGGUCAGGAUGAUGGUGAAUCUGAACAUGCCCACGACAUGCCUGAAAUUGACCUAGGCAACCUUCCCAUGAUGGGUGGUAGUAUGGGCGAUCUCGCCGAUUUUCUCCAGCAGAACUCACAGAAAAUGAGCAGGGCUCUUGCCAGAGCUCACAAACAUGGAGCUGCCGUCGUUAUGGCAGAGAUGCCAAAGAGCAACAACCAAUCUUCAGAAGAAGCUCGCUCUCGCGCCGCCGACAUUAGCCCAUGGGCCGAGCUAAAGCUUUCUACUCUUCUCGAUACUGUCAUGGACAGCGUUCAGAUCAGAAAAGACUCGCCCGCUCAAGACGCGGCCCGCGAUUUCUUCUACGAAGCCAUCCCCUCCACCCCAGACACAAUCACCUCUUCGCCGCCUACCAAAGAUGGACUUGAACGCUUCUUAGCUGACUUCCUUGCAAAGCGCAUUGAUUCUGCCACACAGGCACACAAGAUGGAUUGGGCUUUCAAGAAAGACUCUGCCCCCUCACAAUCAAGUCUAUCACAGCAACGGACCAUCAUCCAUGUCCGUGAUAUGGAUCAUAUCCGCAAUGCGCCACAGGGAGAGACUAUCAUCAACUUGCUAGUCAAUGCUGUGCAACGUCGAAGAAAGGACGGUGAACAAAUUGUUAUCGUUGGUACCACGGCCAACUCUAAUCAGGCCCCUCCGCCUCCUGGCGAAGACGACGACGAGCUUCAUUUCCGAUACCUAAGAUAUCCUUCUGCGUCAUCUCCGACUCAAAACAUUGCGAGCCAAUUGAUGCUCGUCUCUCACAACCAGCAAAAGUUGGAGCGUAGUGUGGCCGAACCCGCUCUUCAAAGACUAUUCGAGAUUAACAUGCGCCAUAUCCACACCAUGGUUCGUCAUCUAGGUUUGCCUCUCUCUGAAGAUUUCUUCUCGGGACCCACCCGUGCACACCUCAAUAUUCCAGGGACUUCAAGACUAGGAGAUAGGACCUUAUCCCAAGACGAAGUGCAAAGAAUAGUCCUUUGUGCAGACAGCUUGCGAUCACUUUAUACCACCAGUCCUUCUCUCGCAACUUCUCACAUUGCGCUUGCUGCCAUGCUGGUAAAUACUGUUGACAGUGCCCUCGAACCCCCAGCUAGGAGCCUGUCCGUCAACUCUGUGAUCCCUCAAGCUCGUGAGCGUGGAGAAUCUCAGGGCGAAUCUGCUGGGCCAAAAGACUCCACUCCUGCCAAACUGGAUAUGGAGAAGCUGAAANAGUCAUGCUCCAAACAUGAGACACGUCUCUUGUCAGGGGUCGUUGACCCUGCGAGCCUCAGAACAACAUUCAACGAUGUGCAUGCUGACCCGAACACCAUUGAGUCGCUCAAGACUUUGACUUCACUAACACUGCUUCGCCCGGAAGCAUUCAGCUACGGUGUACUCGCGGCCGAUCGCUUACCUGGUCUUCUUCUAUACGGUCCUCCAGGUACCGGAAAGACCUUGCUUGCUAAGGCUGUUGCCAAGGAGUCCUCUGCCACUGUACUCGAGGUCAGCGGUGCACAAGUCUACGAGAAAUAUGUCGGAGAAGGCGAGAAGAUGGUCAAUGCAGUCUUUUCGCUGGCUAAGAAGUUGUCACCCUGUGUAGUCUUCAUCGAUGAGGCAGACGCUCUCUUCGGCUCUCGCGGCGGUGCCAACAAUCGUACCACGCACCGCGAGAUCAUCAACCAAUUCCUUCGUGGAUGGGAUGGCAUGGAUGACCACAGCGUCUUCAUGAUGGUCGCCACCAACCGGCCCUUCGACCUAGACGACGCUGUGUUGCGUCGCCUGCCUCGUCGUUUGUUGGUCGACCUUCCCCUCGCCAAAGACCGUGAAGGUAUUCUCAACAUUCACCUGAAGGGCGAGACCCUCGACCCAGCUGUCUCACUAUCCGAUCUUGCCAAGAACACACCUCUUUACUCCGGUUCGGACCUGAAGAACCUGUGUGUGGCUGCCGCGCUCGCCGCAGUACGUGAUGAGAACAAUGCUUUGGAGGCCGCCCGCGCCAAGGGUGACACAGAAUUCAAGUUACCAGAGCGUCGUACACUCGCACCUUCGCACUUUGAGAAGGCUCUGCAGGAGAUCUCGGCGUCUGUGUCUGAGGACAUGGCGACACUGGGUGCAAUCCGCAAAUUUGACGAGCAGUACGGCGAGAAGAGAGCUCGCACAAAGAAGCCUGGCUAUGGCUUUGGUUUGGGCUCCAGUAAUGCUAUUGAUGAGACUGGUGCUAGAGUCAGACCCGAUGAGCCGAGUCGAUAG